CCAGUGCUCCCUGUCUGCGUCUCUCUGCCGCUGCCGUCUUCUUUCCGUCCUGUUUCUCACACACUCCAGAGUAGCCUGCAGCCCUCCAAGCCAACUGAAACUCCCGGCUUUGUUAUUCCAACUUUACCGACACUUGUGAGCGAUCCGGUGUCCGCGUAAAAUUUGCCCGAUUGCGCGUCACGGGGCUAAACAGCGGCGGUCGGAACUUGAAUUAUGACGAGAAGCAAAAUGGGAGGAAAGUCGCUGCUAGCUCACUGAAGUUGGAGGAUCUCCUUGUGGAAGAGGAAAGAGGUGGCGGACACCACGAGUUCACUCAGUUAAAGAGUGGACCUAUCCAUCAGGCAGACCUUCUCCGGCUGGGUUAAGAUGAGUAUUACGAGUGACGAAGUAAAUUUCUUGGUCUACAGAUACCUUCAAGAAUCAGGUUUCUCCCACUCAGCCUACACCUUUGGCAUUGAAAGCCACAUCAGCCAAUCCAACAUCAACGGAACACUAGUGCCCCCUGCUGCUCUCAUCUCCAUCCUACAGAAAGGGCUUCAGUAUGUGGAGGCAGAGAUUAGCAUCAAUGAGGAUGGUACGGUAUUCGAUGGUCGGCCCAUUGAGUCUCUGUCUCUCAUUGACGCGGUGAUGCCCGAUGUGGUGCAGACUCGGCAGCAGGCGUUCCGUGAUAAGUUAGCCCAGCAGCCCAGCAACGCCAUAUCUGCAUCGACCUCCGGAAACCAAGCUAACGCACCAAAGAAUGGAGAAGCCACUGUCAACGGGGAAGAGAAUGGCACACAUAUAAACAACCACAGUGAGCCCAUGGAGCUGGACGUAGAUGUGGAGAUUCCAGCCAGUAAAGCCACAGUGCUCCGAGGCCAUGAGUCAGAGGUGUUCAUCUGCGCUUGGAACCCUGUCAGUGAUCUGCUGGCCUCAGGUUCGGGAGACUCCACUGCUCGGAUAUGGAACCUGAAUGAAAAUAACAGCUCCAGCUCCACGCAGCUGGUGCUCCGACACUGUAUCAGAGAGGGAGGCCAGGACGUCCCCAGUAACAAAGACGUCACCUCACUAGACUGGAAUAGUGACGGGACACUACUGGCAACAGGUUCAUAUGAUGGAUUUGCCCGGAUAUGGACAAAAGAUGGAAAUCUGGCUAGCACCUUGGGGCAACACAAAGGGCCAAUAUUUGCACUGAAGUGGAACAAGAAGGGGAAUUCUAUUCUCAGCGCUGGAGUAGAUAAGACGACAAUCAUUUGGGAUGCGCACACAGGAGAGGCGAAGCAGCAGUUUCCGUUUCACUCAGCCCCAGCCCUGGAUGUGGACUGGCAAAACAACACUACUUUUGCCUCCUGCAGCACAGACAUGUGCAUUCAUGUAUGUCGCCUUGGCAACGACCGGCCCCUGAAGACCUUUCAGGGCCACACGAAUGAAGUUAAUGCCAUUAAGUGGGAUCCAUCAGGCAUGCUGCUCGCAUCCUGUUCAGAUGACAUGACCUUAAAGAUCUGGAGUAUGAAGCAGGAAACAUGUGUCCAUGACCUUCAGGCUCACAGUAAAGAGAUCUACACUAUCAAGUGGAGUCCUACCGGCCCAGGGACCAACAAUCCCAAUUCUAAUAUCAUGCUUGCUAGUGCCUCUUUCGACUCCACGGUGCGACUGUGGGACGUGGAGCGAGGGGUCUGUAUUCACACGCUCACCAAGCACCAGGAGCCAGUCUACAGUGUGGCCUUCAGUCCUGACGGGAAACACCUCGCCAGCGGCUCCUUUGACAAGUGUGUUCAUAUUUGGAACACUACGAGUGGAGCUUUGGUGCACAGCUACAGAGGGACUGGGGGUAUAUUUGAGGUCUGUUGGAACAGCACAGGGGACAAAGUUGGAGCCAGUGCGUCCGAUGGAUCGGUUUGUGUCCUCGAUCUUCGGAAAUAGCUACUUGAGAAUUUAUAUUCCCGGAUGAAUUCAGGAAUGUGCAUCAAAAUGCCUUGUUCAUCAGUAAAUGCGCACACUGCUCAAGAAGGGCUGUUUGUAAAGAGUGGACCAGAAGAGUGACUGCAACAGCCUCAGUGGAGCCAAAAACUGAAAUCUGUGCACCUUACAGUUUGUGAUGUGAAUUUUAUCAAGCACCUAUUGAGGCAUAGAGGAGGCCCAAGAACCCAGACUCCCUUGUCUAUGGACAAAUGUAUCCCUCUUGGUGAACCCUAAUGAGCUGUUGUGGUAUCUAUGUUGGCUGUUCCAUUUGUGAACUGGAGCAAGUGACAACACAAAAGUGUGUUUUAUAUAAAGUGAGCGAUCAUGUGGUAUGCAGCAGAGAUGAAUGAAUGACUGUGUGUCAGAUUUAAGCUGAAAACAUGAUGACAGUAGCAUAUACUGAUGUCUGCUGAUACACAGGGUGCUUAACGUCUCCAGGAGAACAGUUGGUCUCAAGAGUUCUUUGUGAUGUCUUUUUCCACAGAUGGGUAAUUUAAAGUCAAAACUGAAUGUGACGUCAUAAAAACAUGGCAGCGAAUAGAAAUCUCUGCCAAGGAAUCAUGAUCACAUCCUGCUUAAUUGAGUUGUCUAUAGGAAAGAUGUGAUAUGUGUGAUUGACAAAGAGAAUCUUCUCCCUUUGGAUGUAAAUAUAAAGAAUGUAAAGAAAUGUAAAUGCGAUAAAUACACAGACUUAUAUACUGUGUGAAUAUGUUUAUAUACCGUAUGCUUUAUUUCCACGCUGAGGGGUCCAUGAAUGGCAGAUGCCAUGACUUCUGAUCACCAGUGGCUCAAUGUUUGUUUUACUACCUUUCUGUCUGUCACAAAAUAUUUCAGACUUUUGUUCUUGGAGGAAUGUGCCACUGGCAAAACGCAGAUGCAACCAGAGGAGAAAAAGUAUUUUAUAUAACUGUCUUUGGCACUUUCUGCAAAAUGAUCUAUUGAAAAUUUCAGAUUUUAAACUGAGAACCAACCAUGUGUAGAUAUAAUGCGUCACUUCUUAUGUUGCAGCUUAUCAAAUCUUUGUGUAUAUGAAACACCUGCAAUGUGGGGGGCCACUGUUGCUUUUUCCAUUGUUUCUCACUAUCUUCUGACACACCAUCGUUUAUUUGCCUUUUGUAAUUUUCGUUCUGUUUAGAGCAAUGUGAAGUGCACUUUUCUAAUGGUGGGACAGCAAAUGCUGUGAGUUUGCUGUGCAUGAAGGGCCAAGGUUUAACUGUUCUUUUGUCACAUUGUUUUUGAUGGGCGGGUCUUUUGUUUUGUGACAUUUGGAUUUGCUGAGAGCCAUUAUCGUCUGUGUCAGACUGAGAAUUGGGCUUUUAGUUGAUAGCCAUCAUGGUGUGGUGCCGAGCCCCAUAUGGAGUAUGUGCUGUGACAGCUAUUAUCUCCCCUGAUCCUGUUCCAGGGUUGGAACAUCUGUUUCCAAGACAAAAUGUUGAAGUCAUUCGUUGUCUCAAAUAAAUCACUCUAUUUUGAUAUCGGAAAUGAACAUA